AUGACGGCAGAACCAAACGGAGCCGAAGAAGAAAUUACAAUCGAGGCGAAGGAAAAAGCCGAAAAAGCAAAAGAAGAGGCAAAUAAGCUGUUCCAGGCCAAGAAAUUCGAAUCAGCUAUUGAGAAGUAUACUCUAGCAAUAGAAUUAAACCCGAAUGUUGCGGUAUACUAUGCGAAUAGGUCGUUUGCUUAUAUAAAGACUGAGGCUUACGGUUUUGCUGUCGCAGACGCGGACAAGGCCGUAACCAUCGAUCCUUCUUAUGUUAAGGGCUACUAUCGAAGAGCUGCCGCCAAUAUGGCUCUUGCCAAAUUCAAAGACGCGCUUCGUGAUUUCCGAAUAGUCGUUAAAAGCGCUCCUGGUGAUAAAGAUGCCAAAGCAAAAUUGGUUGAAUGUGAAAAGAUAGUUCGCAAAGCUGACUUUGAGCGUGCAAUUACGGUAGAUACUUCGAAGAAAAGUAUAGCUGAUACGCUGGACAUAAACACUAUGGCGGUCGAACCGUCUUACGAUGGACCUAAAAUGGAGGAUGACCAAAUAUCAAAGGACUUCGUUGAAGCCAUGAUGGAGACAUUUAGCAAGCAGACAGUGGUUCACAGGAAGUUUGCGUUUCAGAUCAUAUUGGCAGUGCGUAAGAUGAUGUUAGAGACCGAAUCUUUAGUUGACAUUACGAUACCGCAAGAUGCUAAGCUAACCGUAUGUGGCGAUAUUCAUGGUCAAUAUUAUGAUUUAAUGAACAUAUUUGCCAUCAACGGGCUUCCUUCAGAGAAUAAUAUGUAUCUUUUCAAUGGUGAUUUCGUUGACCGCGGCUCUUUCAGUGUCGAAUGCAUUCUAACUCUGUUUGCGUAUAAGUGGUUGUAUCCAAAGUCUUUCUUCCUAACUCGUGGCAAUCAUGAGACUGAUGAUAUGAACAAAGUUUAUGGGUUCGAGGGAGAAGUUAAGGCCAAAUUCUCCCAGCAGAUGUUUGAACUGUUUUCAGAAACAUUUGCGACACUGCCACUGGCUCAUGUGAUCAAUAAGAAGAUUCUCGUGGUGCAUGGAGGUCUGUUUAGUAAAAAUGAUGUGACUUUAGAGGACAUCAGGAAAAUCGAUAGAUUUAAAAAAAGACAGCCGGAUUCCGAGGGAAUAAUGUGUGAGCUGCUGUGGUCUGAUCCUCAAUUGAUGCCCGGUCGUGGUCCUAGUAAAAGAGGCGUCGGCAUACAGUUUGGACCCGAUGUAACGGAGGAUUUCUUGAGACGCAAUAAUCUAGAUCUUCUCAUUCGCAGUCAUGAGGUGAAAGACAAUGGUUAUGUUGUAGAGCACAAUGGAAAAUGUAUUACAGUGUUCUCUGCCCCUAAUUACUGUGAUACUAUUGGAAACAAAGGUGCGCUAAUAAAUAUUACUCCAGACUUGAAACUGGACUACAAAACAUUUGAGGCUGUGCCUCAUCCUAACAUAAAACCCAUGGCGUAUGCUAGUCAAUUUGGUGGAUUGUUUAUGUAA